AAGUGGUCACAGAAACCGAAGACAUGAGGUCCAUACUGCUGACCGUCGCUCUUUCAUCUUUAUUUUAUUCCUGUGUAUUGGCAUAUCAAAUCGCAAUUGAUUCUCCUAGUUUUUUAUCUGAUUUUGACAGUAUCGAAGAUAUCCAUCGAGAGAAAAGGCAACUGGAAAAUUUCGACGAUGAGUACCCCACAGCAACCAGCCAACACGAGGAAGAGGAGCCAGGGUUCUGGGACAGAAUUGUGAAAGUAGCGCUUAAAUUGUUUAGUAAAUUUGUAGAAUGGUUGAAUUCAUAACAUCGUUAUAAGAGUCAUAGGAUAU